AUGACUACUCAGCCCGCAGUCCUCCCACUCCUUCGGGGGUCGAUAACAUUAGAUGAAGCCUUGGACCAGGAAGAAGAUAUGCUGCUCGAGCUAUCCUUCCCCACGUCCCGAGUGAAGUUCUUCGUAUCUUUAUACAGCCGCCGCCACGACACUGCAACGCUUGUCGCAGAGCAUUCACUGUUAAGUCGAUGUGACCAAUGCUUCGUGGGCGAGGUGAAAGAGUGGAUCCAUGGCAGUUUCAAUGUCUGCAUCCCGGUCCGGGUCGAGGGUCGAGCAAAGGGACUGCCCAGGCGCGUGAUGAUCCGAUUCCCUCUACCGUACAAAGUAGGCGAGGCAUUAAACCCGGACAAUGUGGACGAGAAGCUCCGCUGUGAGCCGCUACCUUUAUCUGAAUACGUCAGCAGCAGCUUGAUGUCCCGCUUCCUCGGCUAUGGGGUUUUGGGUUCCCCGGUGUAUACCCGAACACAUGCCUCUCACGACGAGAAUCUUCUGCUCGUCAUGGACUCCCUUGAUGAUCCAGAAGUUCAAAUGUUAUCGGAAACCUGGAACGAACUUCUACACGAUGGCGCCAAAACAACAAACCUCUACCGGGACAUGUCCCGCAUAAUGUUGCCUUUGAGCCAACUCCCACUACUCCGCAUCGGCUCUUGGACGAUCGACACAAACGGCGUCCUGCAACUGACCAACCGUCCGCUCACCCUCCGUCUGCAUCAGUUGGAUAAUGCCGGGAUUCCUACCAACAUGGACCGCAGCUUGAAUUAUGCAUCAGCCGAUUCAUACUACCACGAUAUCCUGUCCUGUCACGACAGCCGUCUGCGACAUCAGCCCAACUCGAUGUAUGACGAGGAUGACGGACGUGCCCAGAUGGCGAAUUUGACCAUGAUGCGGGCGCUUCUUCCGCAGUUCACCGACCGAGACCUUUCCCACGGGCCCUUCUUCUACCGGCUCACCGACCUCCAUCAAAGCAACAUCUUUGUCGACAAGGACUGGAACAUCAAAUAUCUCAUUGACCUGGAGUGGGCAUGCUCCCUGCCGGCGGAGAUUAUGCGGCCUCCGUACUGGCUGACCGGUCGGCCUGUUGACGACAUUCUCGGGGAACAUCUCGACACAUUCAGUGAGGCCCACGGCAGGUUCAUGGACAUAUUCCAAGCGGAAGAGAAGCGUUAUCUGCCUCUGUUUGAUGACAGUGCCUAUCGGACUAGCAUCAUGCGACGAGGGUGGGAGGUUGGGAAUUUCUGGUACUUCCAUGCCUUGGAUAGUCCCAAAGGUCUAUUCAACGUCUUUCGCGACCACAUCCAGCCCAGGUUUGCAGCAUCCCAGAGCGCCGAUCUCACUGACUCGCGCAUAGUAUCUGAAUACUGGUCAGUGGAUACGAUGGAUGUCAUUGAGGAGAGGCUAAAAGCUAAGGAGACAUAUGAGAAUGAGCUACGCCGACGCUUUCAAGAUACUUGCGAUAGCGCAUGAUACCGAGCAUCGGUCAGGCAUGAAGUGAACCCUAAAAAGCCAUUUCAUUUCUCAUUCAACGCCAACUUAUCGAACCACAAACUCACAGCCCACAAAAGUACAUAAGUCAUGAGUCAAAUCAACAGUGUCG